AUGAGCUCCAUGGUGAUAUUGGUGGAACGAGUGAAUUCGAUGCAAGCAGAACUGAGUGCCAUCAAAGCUCCAGGACAAUGGCCGGUUACGCCGAGUUUCUUUGGGCAAGAAAAAGGGAUAAGUAAGAUGCCAGAGCACUUUAGUGUGAAUCCUUUGCACUUUUUAGGUCAUGAUACUCCAGGAUCGUCCCGGCCUACAGCAGGCCCGUCUUUGCAGUUGUCAGGCGAGACACCUAGUUCGGAACAGAUGCCCAGGAGUUGGUAUGAAAAGAUGUUAGAACUCCCUAAUCACCACCUACAGUUGGUACCAGUGAUUAAUCUGCCAGCAGCUGCAACAGGGAACGGAGAUCAAGCGGCAAGAGUUCCUUUGAUGCAUCAAGGGCAGCCACCCAAUCGGAUACACAAUCAGUCGCGGGAACCGGCAGUUAAUCAGGCGGCUACAUAUGUUAAUAAUAAUCCAGCAGGAAAGACUUUCUCGAACUUGGGAGAGUUGGCUGAAGCAAUUUGUCAAUUGGACAAGGUAAUUGCCAAAGAAGCUGAAAGCUGCAAAAGUCACGGUAGACAAUGGUUCAACCCUCCUAAUCAACCGACGCCUAGUACCCCACAAGCUUACGGCAUACCACCAGGACCAGGAGUAGCCACAGGGGCAAAACCACGAACCGACCCUAAUAAUCCAGGCCGAGUGUACUCAUUUGAUAUUACUCAACAGGAGAAGAUGAUUGACAAUGGGGAUAUCCAAGUGGAAGAACCAGAAGCCGUGAUGAUAGAACUAUUCCCGGUGAACCAUGUAGUAGGAAUGAUAAAUGUGGAUCCCCGGGCAGCUGCUUAUGCUAGACAGAAGAUAAGUAUUGGUUACCAAGAUUGUGAUCGAGUGGUGGAUUCAAUAAAAGAAGAAGUUUGCCGAUUGGGAAGUGCGAAUGGUGGGCAUUUGCAUCAACGAAAAAUCCUUUCCCAGCAAGCAGAAGAAGAGAUAACCAUUGAAGACGACGGACAGUUGCAAACUUGGAGUAGACAGGCUGAACAUCCAAGGCCGGCAAAUAAGAGUGUUGAUCAACAUGCAGAUAGAUUAGUGCCACGACAGCCGAUUCAUGAGUUGUUAGGUCCACGCACAUCCCAAGGAUUUGGGAAUGAGAGAUUUGAAUCAAGAACAGUGAAACACAGGUUGUCAUGGCCAAAUCAUGAGCACCCCAGAUUACCAACUCCUGUAUCAACAAGCAGUGAUAUGACUCGAACUCAGCAUCGAAGGUGGCAGCGGCAACGGGCAGGAAGAUAUCAGGAUUUAAGGCAAAGAAGGGAGCUUGAACAAUCACCUUACGGUGCACAUGGUAAGCAGGCUCGACUAACUAAGCAGUGGCAAGUCAAGAAGCAUGAUAGUAUGGAUGUCAACAUGGGGUACGUAUUGCCUAAAGAAUAUACUGCUAGACAAGCUAUGGCAAAAAUGCUUGAAGUGAAAUCUGAUGAACCAGAGAAAACGAUGGUGCUGAAAGCUUUGGUGAUUUGGGGGCAAAAUGGACCAGAAGUUAUAAAGGUCGAUGCUAAACCGUUUACGGUGCAGAGCAAUGCAGCUGAAGCUUUUUAUUAUGAAAAGGAUGUCAGACUGUGUAGGUUGCUUAGAAUUGACAAAUACGGUAAAUCUAUGACCGCAAUGCCUAUGAAGAACAUAGAUGCCGUGUGUGAGGAUGAAGCUUCAGUUGAAUAUCAUGAUAUUGAGUUAUCAGAAUUAGCAAAGGCAAGUAGCAAACUUGAAGAUGACGUCGUGGUGACAAAGGAACCAAUAGAGUCGGCAAUUGUAAGGAAGACAGAAAUGCAGACAAUACUACCUUUGACAGUAUCUGGGACUUCCUCACUAACUGUAAACAGCCUAAGCCUCCUCACCUUAAACCCAUCUCUAAACCUCCUCAAUUCCAUUUCUAAAUCCACUUUUUCUUCUUCACCAUGUGCUUCAAGGUCUCCUCUUCACGACCCAUAUGCCCAAAUUGCUCCUGGGCUUUGUCGAGCUAGUCAGUUGGCAGAAUUGUACCCAACUAUGUCUCCUGACAUUGUAGUUAGGGAGGCUAGAUUGGAGGAUUGUUGGGAAGUGGCUGAGACCCAUUGUAGCUCCUUCUUCCCCCAGUACUCUUUCCCUCUAGAUUUUGCAUUGAGAAUCGACAGGCUGAUCGGGAUGCUGUUUGGGUUUUCAUUACCUAGUGGAUGCCAGAGGACUUGUCUAGUUGCGGUUGUUGGCAGUUCAGAUGAAGAGCCUCUUCUCUUAUGGAACGAAGAUUUCAAAAUAGGUGGCUUUGAUGGGAAAUUGAGUUUACACAAGGGAUACGUAGCUGGGAUAUUAACUGUAGAUACUGUGGCGGAUUUUCUUCCAAGAAAAGGACCGUUGCGACAAAGAAGGAAGGGUAUUGCAUAUAUAUCCAAUGUUGCAGUACGGGAAAGAUUUCGUCGAAGGGGAAUAGGGAAAAGGCUUGUAGCUAAAGCAGAGGCACAGGCAAAAAGCUGGGGAUGUAGAGCUGUUGCCUUGCAUUGUGACCUCAACAACCCAGGAGCCACCACGUUGUACAAAAGUCAAGGCUUCAGGUGCGUCAAAAUACCAGAGGCGGCAAACUGGCCUCAACCCAGGACUUCACCUGAUGUUGAAUUUCACUUCAUGAUGAAGCUUCUGAAGUGA